CUGCCAAUCUCUGAGAAGGGGAAUGACACUGGAGAAGCAGAGAGGAAUGACCACAGAGGUAGAGGGGUGAGCAGACUGGCCCAUGGCUGAAGCCUCGCUCCCAGAGCCAAGGGAAGACUUGGAAGCCACUCCUUGUCCCAGUGUCCUGCAGCUAGAGGAGCUCUUGAGAGCGGGGAAGGCCUCUUGCAGCCGAGUAAAUGAAGUUUGGCCCAAUCUUUUCAUAGGAGAUGCGGCCACUGCAAACAACCGCUUUGAGCUGUGGAAGUUGGGUAUCACCCAUGUGCUGAAUGCUGCCCAUGGGGGCCUCUAUUGUCAGGGGGGCCCUGACUUCUAUGGCAGCAGUGUGAGUUACCUGGGGGUGCCAGCUCACGACCUCCCUGACUUCGACAUCAGCACCUACUUCUCCUCUGCAGCUGACUUCAUCCACCGUGCCCUCAACACACCUGGGGGUCCUGGUGCACUGUGUAGUAGGCGUGAGCCGCUCUGCCACCCUGGUUCUGGCCUACCUCAUGCUGUAUCAGCAGCUGUCCCUGCGCCAGGCAGUGGUCACUGUGAGGGAGCACCGAUGGAUCUUCCCCAACCGUGGCUUUCUCCGACAGCUCUGCCAGCUGGACCAGCAACUGCGGGCCACAGGCCGGAGCUGAGGGGCCAGAGACAGCCCUUACUCCUGGCCAUAGGGCUCUGCCACUCUGCCGCCCUGGGACUGGCCCUGCUGAUGCUGCUGGAGGCUCUGGCCCCAGUGGAUUCCCAGAAGACAGUGAGAGCCUGGCAUGGGGCCCAUUCUGGAGCCCACUACUCCAUCCGCUUCCUGUGUCCUUCCACUCCUCCCAGCCACUGUCUGCAGUCUCCACAGAAACAGCAUCAAGAGUGCAGACACAGGCGGCUGGACACUGGCAGCCCAGACUGCUCAUCAGAAAAGACCACAGCCUGGGCCAGAUACCAUCACAGGAUGGAGUCACUGCAGAAGUCGAAGAUCCAGGGGGUGAGCCGGGGGACCCUCUACCAGCCGCCCACACUGGCCUCCCUGCAACGCUUACUGUGGGUCCGCCGACCCUCCACACUCAAUCACAUCAAUGAGGUCUGGCCUAACCUCUUCUUGGGAGAUGCGUAUGCUGCCCGGGACAAGAACCGGCUAGUCCAGCUGGGCAUCACUCACAUUGUGAAUGUCGCUGCAGGCAAGUUUCAAGUGGACACAGGUGCCAAGUUCUACCGUGGGUUGCCCGUGGAGUACUAUGGCAUUGAAGCUGAUGAUAACCCCUUCUUCGACCUCAGUGUCUAUUUUCUGCCUGCUGCUCAACACAUCCGAACUGCCCUCAGCUCUCCCCGAGGUCGUGUGCUGGUCCACUGUGCCAUGGGAGUGAGCCGAUCUGCCACAAUUGUCCUGGCCUUCCUCAUGAUCUGCGAGAACAUGACGCUCGUAGAGGCCAUCCAGACGGUGCAGGCCCACCGAGAUAUCUGCCCUAACUCAGGCUUCCUUCGUCAGCUUCAGGUUCUGGACAACCGGCUAGGGCGGGGGACAGGGCGGCUGUGACUCAAUGAGCAGCCAGGAGCCCUGACCCUCCAUCAACACAGUGUGACCCAGUCAGUCUGGUCCUGGGAAUGGUUGCCUCUGCUGUUUCCAGAGGCCCUGAGAUGUCAACAAGCAGGCUAAGGGGAAGGGAGGGGUUGAGGGACUUAGCUGAGGCAGGGGCAGGGAGAGCCAGCCUGGUAAUCUUUAGAUGGUGAAUCCCCCGACCCAAU